CGAACUACGGCCUCAUGGUGAUCGUGAGCCAGAUAAGUGACGACCUACAACUUGGUGUCUUGAUUCCGAUAGUCUGAAUAAGGAAUAUGAAGAUCGUCGUUGUAUCGUUGCUGCUCCUGCAUACCUGCAGUCUGGCGUUUGGCGCCCAAAGCUGCCACAACAACCACCAUGGCUUGAGUGAACAAGAUGUCAUCAACCUCGUCACCAACGACCUCGACCACAACAGGGACGGCCACGUUACCAUGGACGAGUUCACUAAAGAGUUUCUCACCAAGUUUGACCACGACGGCAAUGGUCAAGUGUCCGAGGCUGAGUUUGUCAAGCAAUGGCAUCACACAUACCACGACUCUAAGGAGUUCUCAAAACGGGUGUUUGAGUUUCUCGACGCAGACAAAGACGGUCUACUCGUCACUUCCGGAAUAAGGAGCGCCAUGGCCGCCUUCGAUUUAAACGGUGAUAGUCGCUUAUCGUACGGAGAGUUCAAGGCCGCUCUUCUGACGAUUUACACGAACUGCCCUUGAAGUUGCAGACAUCCCACAUCACUUGGACUCCUUCAGCCGUACUAAAGUAAACUGUCUAACCGA